CGUAUACUGUGUGUGGGUGUAACGUUUCUCAGCGGCUGAAAAACGCGUACUUUCUCUUCUUUCUUGAAACCACACAGGCUCAAUCUGUCUCUCUCCGCGAUGGGAGUGGACUUCACGGAGCCGGAUGUUCCCGCAGACGCGGUGGGCCGGCGUGUGUUCUGCGGUGUGGACCGGGCGACGGUGCGGUACGUGGGCCCGGUACCACCGACACCAGGUCUGUGGCUCGGUGUAGAGUGGGACGACCCCAGCAGAGGCAAACAUGACGGCAGCCAUGGUGGCGUGCACUACUUCACAUGCAGACACUCUACAGGCGCGUCCUUCGUGCGCCCGGCGAAGGUCAACUUCGGCGUGGAUUACCUCACCGCCGUGCGACAAGUUUACCAUGACAACACAGAGAAUGAGCCGAGUGAGGACACGCCCAUCCCGGUGAUGUGGACGCACGUCAAGGAGCAAAGUUUACAGAAUCGUACGUCAGUGUUGCUUCAUAAAACCGGAGUGAACGGCGCCGGCGCUGAAGGAGAAAUCCGCAAAGUGACGCCCAACGUCAAGUGGUUGGACCUGAGUCGCAGUUUGAUUUCCCGCUGGAGCGACGUGAUCGACAUCUGUGAACAACUGGACCGACUGGAAAAGCUGGUGCUCAGUUUCAACAGGCUACGUUUGACCUCUGACCCCUCGCUGCACUGCCGAGCGUUCUGUCGACUCACAGUUUUAACGCUGCAUGACUGUGACCUCACCUGGCCUCAGAUCCUGGAGUGCGCCCCCAUGUGGCCACAGCUGGAGGAGCUGUCUGUGCCAGAGAACAACAUCACAGAGCUGCAGAGACCAGUCGACGUCCUCCAGAACAUCCGCAGCCUCAAUAUUUCGUCAAAUCCUUUGCAGCAGGAAACUGUCCUGUGUCUCUCUGCUCUGCCCAGACUCGAGCUGUUGAACUUGUCCAACACUGGACUGUCCAUCAUCAGGUUUGAGGACGCUGCUCCUGGUUGUCAGACUGCAAUGUUUCCAACUCUGAAAGAACUCUACAUCAAUGACAACAACAUCUCUGAGUGGUGUGUGGUGGACGAGUUGGCCAAACUUCGUGGUCUGGUGAAGUUGUCGUGUCGUCACAAUCGUCUGACGACCAGUGACAGAAAUCGUAAAACAGCUGAUCAGAUUCUGAUCGCGAAACUGGGACGACUGAGUGUUUUAAACAACUGUCAGAUUCAUGCAGAGGAGAGGAGGGGGGCAGAGCUUGACUACCUCAAGAUGUUUGGAGAGGAGUGGCUAAAGGCGGGGGGGCCGGGUCAGAGCAAUGCCGAGUUCGCUUGUCAACAUCCUCGCUACCAGAGCCUCAUUGACAAGUACGGAGCUCCAGAAGAAGGAGAACUGAAAAAGCCUCAGCCGUUGACUCUGAAGAAUCAGCUGUUAAAAAUCACGUUUGUGUUUCCUGACGAUGCCGAGCGAUCGCAGAUCGAGAAGAAACUUCCAGCCUCCAUGAUGGUUCAGAAGAUGAAAGGUUUCCUCCACAGACUUCUGAAGAUUCCAGCCACAGAUCUGAGGCUCAGCUACAGCAGCCCCAUGAAGGCAGAGACAGAGUUUGAAAUAGACAACGACCUGAAGACUCUUUUUUUUUACUCCAUAGAGGACGGAGACCAAGUCCUGGUGCGCUGGUCCUGACCCGGACCAGAACCAGGACCUGUACUCAGUCCUGUCAUGUUGGUCUUUUGAAACCAUGAUAAAACAAUAAUGUGAUCAUCUUCAUCAUGUCAUAAUUUUAUAAUAAGUUGCAGUUAUUAUUACAAAAUGUAAGAAAAUGUAAUAUUACCGUGCUUUAUUAAAGCUACCAGCAGGUGGCGUUAUGCCCUCAA